GGGUUCCAAUUUGUAUUUAAAAUCAAUCGAGGAAUCACGUGACCAAGUCGUAAAAUGUAGUUACAGUGUCAAUAAACUGCAUAGCGUCGCUACGGUUGUAUCUCACUACACGUAUUUGGGUUAAUGGUAUAUUGCCACUGAAAUCAAACUCCUAAAGAAGAGGACGAAAAUGAUAAAGCAGAAGGUACAAAAGGGGCCUACCCUUGAUGACACGCACGGUCGCAUGACCAAAGAGAUGAGUCAGGAGGAAGUGAAAGAGUUCAACACAAAGAUCAUCUAUCUGAGAGGCGAGUUUGAGGCGAUGGACUUGCUACAGGACAACAAACUGAAUAUGGGCGAGUUCAUGCGACUGAUGCGACUGCUCCAGUAUCCGGGGGGAAGUCAGGGAGCCAAGCAAGUAUGGUUGGACCUCGGGUUGUCAGAGAGGAAUUUCAUGAACGAAGACGAAUACGUGAACCUGAUGCUCAAGGACGAGCAGCUGGAGAGGGCUACCAGCAUUUGGCGCGAUAUAUAUGAAAAGUUUGAUUGGGAUAAAAGCGGCUGGGCCUCAACAUCCGAUGUGGAGACUGGACUGAAAGAACUCCUUGGCGGGGAUAUAUCGGCCGAAUUGAAGAAAAAUAUUGCAAAAAUGGACGAAAACAAAGACGGAAAAAUUUACUAUUCAAAUUUUCUUCGAAUGCAGCUUGGCAUGGUGAAAGGUUAAACACGGGAGUGUUUCAAAAAGCCGGACGUGUUUUUACCGGUUAUCUUUUGACAGGGGGGCUUUUGGGCGUCACUAAAACGCGGUUAGGUCGAAACACAAUACUUCUUUGGAAUUUUUCUUUGAUUGUGCUUUUGUCUGUGUUUUCUCUAUCUUUUUCUAAUGACACUGAUUUCCGUUAAUUGUAAAUUGUAUUAAAUAUUUCAUAUAGAGGUAUAAAGUAUAAUGUUAUUCAGUGAUGCAGUGGAACAAACAACAAAUAUACUCCACACACAAACACACACAUGCACAUACACACACGUGCGCAUGCCAUAUAUGCAUGCAUGCACACAAAACUGAAGAAAAACCCCAAACCCAACACCUAACAAAUGCUAACAUAAAGCAUAUGUGCCUUAUUUGUUACAAAAACAUGACAACCAUAAAAAGUACUUAAACACUCAACAGAAUAAUCAUAAAACAAACUGUUAUCAAAGUGUGCAAUGUACUGGUUAUAUUAACUUGUUUUCCAGUAAAUAUAAACUGUAUCAAACAUCAUUCUUACAAAUUUAACGGAAUCAUUUAUUAAAUACCAGUACUUAAAGGGACAUACCCUAGUUUUUAAACACUAAGGCAUAUUUUUACUAUUAUGGCCGUCUUUUGAUAACUGAAAUCAUACUUUACUUAGAUUUUAUUGUUUAGAUUAACCAUUACCGUACAU